UUAAAUAACAGAGGUAGGGAAUCAAAAUCCUCUCAUUUUCCUUCCACCGUAUAAACAAUAAAGCGUCCAAAAAUCUUCAUCGAGCGCCAAACGGGAGAGAUAACCCAAUCGGGAAAAAUACAUAUGGGGAAGAAAAGGAAGUCCAUAGCGACGAGCCUUGAUGAGGUGGAUCGGACUAUGUACGUUUCGUUUUGCAGCGCCGCUAAUUCUCUGUCUCAGCUUUAUACUCAGGCUAUGAACCAGCAGAAACUCUCCUUCCAAGCCGGCAAACGCCAUAGCCUUGAAAAGCUUUAUCAAUGGAUUUGGAGGCAACAAGAGGGAGGAUCAAGAGUAACAACAAUGGAUAUCCUCAAUUACCUUCAGAAUGAGCUAAACUCCGGUGGUGAGGAGCCAUCAAUGUCACCUAGAGCACCAAGCCAGCAGCAGCAACCCCAGCCUACAAUGCCGUUCAUGAAUCCCAAUUUCAUUGUCUCUUCAGGCUCAUCGGGCCAAACUGCUGUGCUGGGAACUCACCUUGACCAUUGUGAUCAGCAGCCGAAGAAUUUUGUUUUCCCAAAUGCCUUAUCGAGCCCUGUUUGUCAGAGUCUUCAGCAUUAUCACAUUUCUCAGGAAGGUUACUGUCCGAACGGUGGUCUGCCUGCAGGAAAUGGAGUUAGGAAUGACGAAUCUAACUUUCUCCAGCACCAGACUCGGGAUCCUAACCCGCUUAGCUCCAACGAUGCCUCAAUGGACAUGCAUGCAGAUAGUCCAUCGCAUGAAUCUCCGUACUGAGAAUGGCAAUGGCAGCUCCUAACAAUUAAAAAGAUCCUGAAAGGGCUGUUUUUAAUUUGCAUCACCAUUUUUGUUUGUUGCUGCUACCAAUGUGAAGAAACCUCCGCAUUAAUACAAAAAGAAAAAGAAAACUCAUGGCACUGUUUUGUGUUGCAUAGACACAGAUUGGCAUGAAUUUAUCAGUUUUAUGUGCUUUAGCC